AUGACUGACUACCUCCCCGUUCCCAACCCUACAAAGUCGUUUUGGCUAACAGCUGAAGUUGACUUUCAUGACCACAGGUCAACUGCAGAGCUACCGGCCGAAGCAGACAUCGUGAUUGUUGGUUCUGGUUAUGCAGGUACUACAACCGCACACUUUUUGAUGGAAGAGGGCUUUGAUGGCACGAUUGUCAUGCUAGAAGCCCGUGAUGUCUGUAGCGGAGCUACCGCACGUAAUGGUGGUCACCUGAAACCCAGCCUCUACUAUUCGCAAAAGUCCUGGACUAAGAAGUUUGGAGAAAAAGGAGCGGCAGAGAUCGCUAAUUUUGAGUUUGCUCACUUGGCUGCAAUGAAAGAACUCAUAGAGAGGGAAAAAAUUGACUGUGACUUUGUUUUUGGUCGGUCCUGUGAUGUUCAUUUGACUUCCUCUGCUGUUAAUGCUGCUCUGGAAAAUUACCAGCAGUUUACAAAAAAUCCUUACAUUACCUGCAAACACGAUGUUCAAUUACACGUUGGAGAAAAUGCAAAAACUAUUAGUCACGUGCUGGACUCUGAGGUUUGCGUCACAUUCACUGCUGGUCAACUUUGGCCAUAUAAGCUUGUGACCUCAUUGCUCAGAAAGUGUAUGCAGAAAGGGCUCAAUCUGCAGACUAAUACACCAGUCCUGGGAAGUGAAAAGUUCGAGGAUAAAUGGCUGGUGAAGACAGCCAGAGGAACCAUUUUGGCUAAAAAGCUGGUCAUUGCCACUAACGCAUACACCGCCUCGGUGGAACCGAGAUUUCUGAACAAAAUCGUUCCUAUCAAGGGCAUUUGCAGCCACAUCACUCCAAAGGUCCGUCCUUCCCAUCUGUCUCAUACAUAUGGUAUUAGGUAUGAUGGUGCAGAUCAGGACUACUUAAUCAACCGUGCCGAUGGGACUGUUGUUGUUGGUGGUGCUAAAAAGCACAUAUUCCCUUUCAAGAACGUCUUCUACAACGUUGUCGAUGAUAGUACUCUAAUCCCCGGAACCAAAGAGUAUUUUGACGACUAUAUGAAACAUUUCCACGACUGGAAGUUUACGGAAACGGAGACCGAUCACGUCUGGAGUGGUAUCCUUGGUUAUACUGACGAUUCUUUCCCAUAUGUUGGUGAGAUGCCGCACGAAUCCAACAAAUUCAUUAUUGCGGGGUUCCACGGACAUGGGAUGCCGCGGGUCUUGUUAUCGGCUAAAGCUUUAGCCAGUAAUAUCAUGGGAAAGGAAUUAGAAGUCCCUGCGGCUUUCAAGAUCUCUCAAGAAAGAAUGACUAAGACCAGAAACGAAAUUCUGGCCUCUCUGGGCACUCCAGUGGCUAGACUCUAA